AUGGUUCGUGCUAUUAUUGCCCCAUCUAUUCUAGCCAGUGAUUUCACUAAAUUAGGUUGUGAAUGUCACAAUGUGAUUAACUCUGGUGCCGAUUGGUUACACAUCGAUAUUAUGGAUGGUCACUUCGUUCCUAAUAUGUCAUUGGGACAACCGGUUGUCGAAUCGCUACGUAAAGUUAUCGGAAAGUACAACGAUCCAGACACCAAGUUACCAAGAGCAUUCUUCGAUUGUCAUAUGAUGGUUAGUGAACCUGAAAGAUGGGUCGAAGAUUUUGCUAGGAUCGGUUGCGAUCAGUUCACAUUCCAUUACGAGGCUACAAAGGACCCGGUAGCGUUGGUUAAGCUAAUUAAGAAGCAUGGUAUGAAGGCUGCCUGUUCUGUGAAGCCAGGUACCCCUGUGGAUGUGUUGUACGAGUUGGCACCAUCCCUGGAUAUGGCUCUUGUAAUGACUGUCGAACCGGGUUUCGGUGGCCAAAAAUUCAUGGCCGAUAUGAUGAGCAAAGUGAAGGACUUGAGAACUAGAUUUCCUAAUUUGAACAUUCAAGUCGAUGGUGGUCUUGGUAAACAGAAUGUCGAACUUGCUGCCGAGGCAGGUGCCAAUGUCAUUGUUGCCGGUACCUCUGUGUUCCGCGCGCACGACCCAGCAGAUGUCAUUGGAUUUAUGAAAACCAAGGUCAAUGAUGCAUUAGUGACCAAAGGUUUAUACGAAAAGUAG